CGGUAACUCUCGGUAAACACACGUCUGUGCUCACCACACGUUUUCAUCCCAAAAACAAAAAAAAUCUAAAGCUUACUCUGCAAAUUCAUUUUCCGGCGAAACUUCUCAGGCUUAUAUUUGCUCAAGCUAUGGAUCAAGAACCAUCAUCACAAUGUCCCUUUGUUGCUGAAAGCAUGAUCCAGAAAUGCCCUUUCCUCAGAAACAUCAACAAGCCUACCAAUUUGUCCUUCUCCUCCUUGAGUUUUCCAUUUCCGGUGCAAGGAGGUAGUAAAGGUCCGAUUUUUGAAGAUGGUCCUGGUUUUGUUUCAGCGUUCAAGCUCUUCCAUGGAAAAGAUGGUCUUGUGCCGCUUUCUGGGCAUUCGAGUUUCGGGGAUGAUGACGAACAAGAGGCUCGUCAUGCUCCUCUGCAAUUCAAUCCACUUGCGGGAAAGGUAGCUACUAUAAGCCUAUCAGCUUUUGGUCCUGGAGGGCCUUUUGGCUUUGGUCCUUUCUCUGAGAAAUGGAAGAAACAACAGAAGAAACCUAAACCUUCCAAUAACCAACAGGUAGAUUUUUAUAGAUUUGUACAACAGACUUUGGAAUUUACAAGGAUUUAACUGUUUCUGAUAUGUUUAUGCUUGCUUGC